GUGAAUUCUCCUUUUCUUUUCCAGAUGACCUGGAGAUGAGGGAUGUGUCCGCCCCAGCGACAGAGGGGAAGCCUCUGCAGAACGGCUCCCUGGAGCAAGAAGAUGAAGAGGAGGAGAAGGAGGAAGACGGCUCUGAGAGGGUUGGUGCCAAAAAGCCUUGCAGCGUGGAAGAACAGCGCAAGUUGGAGGAAGAGAAACAGAGACAGAAGAAGAAGUACACCCGCCUCUCCAGACUGCGCCGACGUCGCUGCGCUCGCAAGGACACUCGAGGAGGAGAGGAUGAAAGCGACCUGAGCGAGGGCUUCGAGAGCGAGGAGGACGAGGAUGAGGAAGACGAGAGGAGACGGCGCACUGAUUCAACGGGGACUACCACGACAGCAGCCCCCGUCAAUCCUCCAUCCGUCAGGAAGGAGACAAAGAGAGGGGAGGAGGGGGUGUGGGGGAGCGGCUCAGAGGAAGAGGAGGAGGAGGAAGGGGGGACGGCGUUCGAUGUGGAGACCGACUCGGACAUGAACAGCCAGGAGUCUCGCUCUGACCUGGAAGACAUUGAAGACGCGGAAAGCCCGGACAACUUGGAGGGUCAGGCGCGGGAACAACAGGACGAAGAGGAAGAUGAAGAGCAACCCAAGGAAGAAGGGGGCGGGGACAGGGAGGAGGACACGCCUCCAGCCACUAACGGCCCUCUGACGCCCAGCGACUCCAGCAUCAGCAGCAACCUGCAGGCCAUGUCCUCCACGCUCUUCCAGGCCAAGCGUUGCUUCCGCCUGGCGCCCACCUUCAGCAACAUGCUGCUGCGGCCUCAAGCCUCUUCCCCCCCGGGCAUUCCCACCCCCACUGAGGUCUCUGCUCCCCCCUCCCAAGAGACUCCCCCUCCUCCUGGGGAGACACCCUGCGAUAUCAACCCCGGUACUGCCAACGGAACCACCACUGAAAAUGACUUGGACUCGGACACAGAAGGCAGCCAACACAGUACUCAAUCAGUACCGAGUGAGAAAACCCUCUUAGAGAAGCUGGAGAUCCUGACCAAUCAGGGGUUGAUCCAGGUGGUGAAGGUGUUUGUCGACUGGCUGAGGACAAACACCGACAUUAUCCUCAUGUGUGCACAGAGUUCUCAAAGCCUGUGGAACCGACUGUCUGUGCUGCUCAACCUGCUCCCAGAUGGCAGCAAGAUGCUCGAGGCUGAGCUGGGUCUUAGUUGCUCGAAGUGACGGAAGCUGAUUAAAUG